AUGGCGCAGACGGAACCUGAAACUAAACCAGGCAAACACGGCAAUAAUGGCCUAUUUCUGUCGUUUCUCACCGCCGCUCAUAACGUUGCAAACAUGGUGAUGAGUGACGAUGAGGUAGAACGCCUGAGCACUGGCCCGAGUCUGCCACUGGCUAAGCAACCCAAUAGACUUUUGCCUAAACCAGUCCACAAGUCCCAGGGACUGUCCAAUAACACUUCUCGAACUUCAGUGCAUAGUCACAAUGAUCACAGCAAUCUUUCUGGCCCGAAUUCCCACGAUAACGACGCCGGCAGCGCCAUGGUACAAUUCCCAGCAUUGCCCCGCUUGUCCACCUCCAACGUUCAUUUUGAGCCUGUUCAUGAUUCUCCCAUCAACACAAUGGGAAAUGGAGACUUGCAACUUCUGCACUUUGAUGGUAAAACAUCAACUGAAAACGAUAUCGUCCCGCUGGUGUCGAUUAACGGCACUAAACACGCAAAUAGCAGCCUGGAGCUCUUAUCUGUUCUGGGAGGUGCGGACUCCAAGGUGGUUAAGAGAAGAAGACGUGGGUCGGAAUUGUCUCUGACCGAAAGCAAUUCAGAGGAACUUUCAAUUGCCGAGACUGAAGGGUCCAAUCAGGAGUUGGACAGGUUGUUGGAAUCCUCAGAGGUGACUUUUGCUAGCUCGAAAAAAAAUAAAGAGUUUCACCAUGUAUUCAAAAGAAUACCCCUGUCUGAGAGGCUCAUUGCAGACUAUUCGUGUGCAUUGUCAAAGGACAUUCUUGUUCAAGGGAAAAUGUAUCUCACCCAAAAUUACAUCUGCUUCAACUCUAACAUUUUGGGUUGGGUAACACACCUCGUGAUACCUUUGCAGGAGGUGAUUCAGAUUGAAAAACGCUCCACAGCUGUUCUUUUUCCCAACGGAAUGGUCGUGAGAACACUCCACCAAAGAUACAUUUUCGCUACUUUUAUUUCGAGAGAUGCUACUUUUGCGCAAAUCACUAGAGUUUGGCACGACGUUCUUCUGGGAAAGAGUGAAGCCAAGCCUAACGGUCGUGCUCGCAGUCAAUCAAGGGUGAGUAACAGAACGGGUGAAUCGGAAGUGUCUGUUGGAAGUGAGGAUGAUGCUACUGGCGAUGAGGAGGACGAUCAAGGUAGUUUGUCAUCAGAUACCUCAUAUGAUCAGGAAGAUACAUCUAUGCGGGACCGUUCCUCUUCGCGAACGAAGAUAGAAGAUGAAAAAGAAGGUGACAAUGAUGGUGACGAGAACGCAAAAGCUGAGGAUGAUGACGAGGGUAGUCUGCCCAAAGUUUCCGAGGAUGAGGGUGUUGGCGGUGGUGAUUUCAAGGGCCUCAAGAAUCCAGGCCCUGCGAAGCACGAACCUACGAAGGCCGAUAGGGAGGAUGAGAGUAACGAUGUGUUCGUGAUGGAUCACACCUUCAAAGCACCGCCUGGAGUCAUAUACAGCAUUCUAUUUGGUCCCGAUACCUCCAAUUACAUAAGAGUUUUGGAGGACCAGAAGAACUUUGACAUCGAAAAAGACAAAAUUACCGACUUGUCGAUGAAGAAUAAAGAGAGGAAGUAUUCUUAUACAAAACCAUUGAGCGGUCCUAUAGGGCCCAAACAGACUAAGUGCAAUAUCACGGACAGAUUAGUCCAUUGCGACUUUUCAAGGUAUAUUCAUGUUGAGCAAAUAACACAGACUCCUGAUGUGCCUCUGGGAAAUUCUUUCAAGAUCGUCACCACGAUUCUAUUUUCAUGGGCUGAGGAUAAUAACACAAACAUGCACGUUGUGACAUCAAUUGAGUGGUCCGGAAAGUCCUGGAUCAAAGGUGCUAUCGAGAAGGGUAGUAUUGAUGGCCAGAAGGACUCCAUGAAGAGUCUCGUGGAGACUGUCACCGAUAUAAUCGAGCAUGGCCUGGGCGGGUCUAAGAAGAAGAGAAAGAGGUCUAAGUCAACCAGAAGGCCACCUCAAGCUGAGGAGCAGGCCAAGCCAGAGGCACCAAAGGAGCUCACUCUCUUUGAGCACAUCGCCAAGAUCGCAGAGACUAUUGGCAAAUCUAUUCCCGUUAGCAUCCCUAAUAUUAGCGAUGCCACACUAGGCGGUUUGAUUCUUCUAUUGGGAGCAUUUGUCUACACUUGGGUUCUCGCUCAUCUCUUCGGUAGCUCAGCCAAAGUUCCCGUUCUCAAUGACGCCGAUGGGUCCGCUAGACUCCUUAGAUUUGGUAAUAACAAUUUCUAUGUUAUGCCAAGCCAAGAAAGGUACAUCAAUGACAAACAAGGACGCAUGGUGAAGGAAGCGAGGAUGUGGAGCUGGAUCAAUCUGAGAAGCCAGGGAAAAAUCCCAAACGUAAGCAAGUCCCAAGAGAGCGCACAGUAUAUGGACCUGUACGCCUCGCAGGAGUUUGAAGAGAUAGUCAAGCUCACAAAGCAGAGAGUCGACGAGCUCUACCGGCGAAUCAACAAUUGA